CCUCACCAGCCCUCCCACCUUCCCAGCGAAAACACCACCGCAGCUUUCCCCGGCGAAGCAGCAGCAGCAGCAGCGGCAUCCAUGGCCCCUAAGGCGGAGAAGAAGCCGGUGGCGGAGAAGGCCGAGAAGACCACGGCGGCAAAGAAGACCAAGGCCGAGAAGAGGCCACCGGCGUCCAAGGAGGGCGGCGAGAAGAAGGGCAAGAAGAAGUCCAAGAAGAGCGUGGAGACGUACAAGAUCUACAUCUUCAAGGUGCUGAAGCAGGUGCACCCCGACAUCGGCAUCUCCUCCAAGGCCAUGUCCAUCAUGAACUCCUUCAUCAACGACAUCUUCGAGAAGCUCGCCGGCGAGUCCGCCAAGCUGGCCAGGUACAACAAGAAGCCCACCAUCACGUCCCGGGAGAUCCAGACCUCCGUCCGCCUCGUCCUCCCCGGCGAGCUCGCCAAGCACGCCGUCUCCGAGGGCACCAAGGCAGUCACCAAGUUCACCUCCUCUUAGAUAGCCUGCUCUUGUGUCUUCUCUGAAUGUGUUGACAUCUCGUGGCUGUUUGAUGAAUCCACUGUGCUCUGUAGUUAGAUGUUCAGAACGCAGCAUCUUGUAAUUUGUGAGGGCACAAAUGUUUCAGGAUAUGGUGGAAAUAGUAAUGGUGUUGCUUUGAUCUGUUUCA